ACACUUUGAAAUAAAAACACAGUUACAGAUUUGAAUACAUCCCUGGUAAACUCAUGCUCGUUGUACUUAGGUGUAUCUCCUGAAAGAAGAUCUUUUGCGAGACCACCCUAAGCCUAAAUCAUGGAUUCGAAGCAUUCCACUUGUCCCAAGCUUCCGUUCGGGAGCUCGUGCUCUUCCGUCGUAUCGUUCGGUGAUCGGAAGUGAGUUCUCAAACUAGCCCCCGGGAUGGGCUGGGGAUCACAUUAUGACGUCACAGCUGGAUACUGUAUAUGAAACUUAUAAGAUGUCUUGAAUCCGGUCAUGAUUCGUGAGGUUUGUAGAUGCUGUCUUGGGGGCUAGUUUUUAUUUGCAGUCGCAAGCGCUCGUGUUAAAAUCGUCUCGUGAAAGCGCGACGUGUAACGCAAUUUGCGCCUAUUUUUACAACUCGCUGAUUGGAUAACCGAUUUACCCAAUUAUAACUAACAAUGACGUGGACUGGCUGGCGACGAAUACGACUGAGGUGGAGACUGUGAGGCGAGAAACAUGUUAAAUUUCACACUCCACUCACUGGGCGUAGAACACAGUCGGGAUCUUCAUCCAUCACAAUCAACAUGGCGUCAGGGCACUACACGAAAUCAGCAUUCCAGCAAGUGGAUUCUGCGACUACAGCGAGCUCUCCCUUUCUGAUCAAAAACCUCUUAAAUCUACCAUCAACCGCGACACAAACAUCGGACCAUCCAUCGGCCCAGAGCCCGCGCAACACUCUAGAUGAGUUCCCGCGAUGCACGGGUCCGCUCGUGCCUCGUCCAGUCAGACCUUUAAUGCUUGCAUCAGAUCAGUUCUCCUCGCUGCACAUGUUUCCUAUGGUGUAUCCAAGCUAUCCGGAGAUCCCCGUCUGCCCCAUGCCCCCAUACCUCACUCAGCUCCGAAUGCCAACAGUUGCAGGAUUUCAUCCGUUUCUUCAUACUCGCAAGAGAUUCAUGCGAAAGCCAAAGCAGAGGCCAUUAUUCUCUCACAACCAGAUUCAAAGACUAGAAAAGGAGUUCAAAGAAGAGAAAUACUUGACGGAAUCCAAACGCGCCGAGCUUUCCAAGGACCUCGGCAUGACAGAAACCCAGGUUAAGACUUGGUUCCAGAACAGAAGAACGAAAUGGCGAAAAGAGCUCAAAGACGAGAUAGCGCUGAGCACUCGAGCGGCCCAAAGAGCCGAAUGGGAACGAAACGGCGACAACAACGACACCGGCAUAACAUACAUGCAUGAGCAUUCAGCAGCUAAACGGGAUGGAAUGGCGCUUGCCUCAAGAUUUCACCAUCUACAAGAUACAUUUAUUGAUCUAUCGGCUCUUAAGCCGAGACAUGGACAAGAGCAAAGCCCAUGCAGGCGCUAACAUGCUGCACCAACUUUGCCAUUGUCGCCUGUGGGUUGUGGGACGAUUAGGGUGCCAUGUUGUAAACAAGUGAAAAUAUUUUGAACUUUGCCGCCUGCAAAUUCUGUCUCUUCUCGCGAAGAACACGGUAACCUCAGAGAAUUUGUACCAAUACCUAGUGCAGGUAGAGUUAGAAUGAACCGUUUUUGCUCUCUUGAAAGUACGUUAAAAUCCCUAUUUCUCUAUGUUCAUGAUUCAGACACAAUUUCAGAUCUUAUUUGUACCAAAAGAUUCACAUGACAGACAAUGAAAGAGUACGUUUGAUACAAAGAUCGCCUCUUGUUUUAUCUGUAUAGUGCUCUAGAGAGAUAUACACAAACCGAUAUAUAGCCUAUAGUUGAAGCCGUCACCAAACAACACCUAUCAAGAGCGAUUUUGACAGAUUGCUACUGUUAACAUAAACUCGGUCAAUUUUCAAAAGUAUUUUGCACUUUCAAGGUAUAGAGGCAAAUACAGUCAAGAUUAGCCGAACAGUUCGGACAAAUAUAUGUUCCGUUUCCCGGUUUAAUGGCGACGCUGCUACGCUACAGCACUAUUGUAUAGUUCACAACAUUAAUCGGAAAAUGACACUUGUAGAGAAGACUUACAUAUACAGAAUUAUAAUCACAUAAUUUCAAAAGUAUGUUGUUGUAAAUAUUCCUAUAUUGCGAUCCGUGUAAUCACUAUUAUGCUUGGUAUAUAUCCUUGGUAUUAUCUGUUUGUAAAAUUCAUUAAAGAUUUUGUACAAUAAAGAGCUCAUUAUCUU